UGAGUGACCACAUUGACGACUUGACGUUAAUUUUUAUGCAUGCGAUGCGUGCGACACACGUACCUACGUAGGGACUUCGCUUCGCGUCGGGUCUAGUGAAUUUAUGUUAUAUCCUCAUUGCGUAGGGUAUGAUAGCGUUCAUUUGGAAAUGUGAAUUAUUUUAAAACAGAAAUUAAUAAACACUAACACAAUUUUGCGUGUGUAAAACUUAAAUAUGGCGCCAGAUAAUGCUGAAGCUCAGCUUCAAGUGCGAUUUGUUACCAAACAAGAACAAUAUGCCGUUUCGGAUAUACCCUAUGCAAUCCAAAGCAAUGUUCAAUCGUCAGACCUCAACACGUUAUUAAAUGCUUUAUUGAAAGAAACAAACAGUUCCCUCGAGAACACGAUUGAUUUUGAUUUCUUAGUAUGCGGCGAGUUGCUUUGUUCCUCGCUUGCAGAACAUCUGCAGGAGAAGGAAGCCUCUACAGAGGAAACCAUUGAGGUUGAAUACCUUGAAAGGUUUCCUGCACCAUCUCCUCAAGACUGUUUGAUGCAUGAUGACUGGGUGUCAGCAGUACAAGCACAUGGUAACUGGAUCCUGUCGGGUAGUUAUGAUAAUAGCAUCCACAUUUGGAGUACUAAAGGACAACACAAGUUGGCCAUACCUGGCCACACAUCACCAGUCAAAGCUGUGUCAUGGGUCUCCUUUGUAAACAAUCAGGGUAUAUUUGUCAGUGGCUCACAUGACCAGUCAGCAAUGCUAUGGGUUUGGAAUGUUAACAAUAACUCUGUGGACUGUGUGGUGACAUGCCGCGGCCAUGAGAAAGGCAUAGAAUGCAUUGCAGUAUCAGCAGAUGGACACAAGUUUGCUACUGGCGGUUGGGAUAAUAAUAUAUGUUUAUGGAGUGCUAGUAUAUCUGAGGAUGACAAUGCACCUGCUAAAAAGAAGAGUAAACCAGAACAUGUAAAUACUAGAGACGCAUUAACAACACUGAAAGGUCAUAGAGAAGCGGUGUCCGGAGUAAAAUGGAUGGAUUUCAACACAGUGCUGUCUAGUGGCUGGGAUCACCUGCUCAAGAUAUGGGACUGCGAACUUGGCGGCAUCAAACAGGAGAUUGCUGGUAACAAGGCAUUUUUUGAUGUGGACUGGUCACCUCUCAACAACAGCAUAAUCACAGCAUCCGCUGACAGACAUCUACGAUUGUUUGAUCCUAGAUCGACAGAGAGUAUCGUAAAGACCACAUUUACGUCUCACAACGGGUGGGUGCAGUCGGUGCGCUGGUCGAACACGCGCGACACGCUGUUCCUGUCCGCUGGCUACGACGGCCAGGUCAAGUUGUGGGAGACUAGAAGCCCAAGAACUCCUUUAUACGAUUUGAGCGGUCACGAAGACAAAGUGCUGUGCUGCGAUUGGUCGAACCCCUCCUUGCUCAUAAGCGGCUCGUGUGACAACACCCUAAGAAUAUUUAAGGCAAAGACCGCGGUUGGUAGCGCGUAACGUAAGGGACAAUGUUUUAUUUUUAUGGUUAUUUAAAUGUAUGAAACAGUUCUUAUACUUUAUGUAUUUAUAACAAGUUUCAUUGUACAUAGUUUAUCUGUGGUUUGGUUUGGUAAAAAAGAAUAAGAACUGUUCCAUAUGAGUGAAUAUAUGUAUUAGUUGAUAAAUAUAGGCUAUUGUGUUAUGUUUAUGUUUCAUUUCAUGAUUAUAAUAUAUUCAACUAGUGUUACUUCAAUAAUGGAGUGUAUGGUAUUUAGUUCUAUACAUAUUGGUGCUACAUGGAUGUUCUCUGAUUUGUGUAAAAUAUUUUGUAUUUUUACUAAAGUAAUUUUGCAUACACUUAUACCAAGCUUAACUAAUGGAAAAACCUGCACUUUGGUUGACAGUUAUAAGUUCACUAGUUGUAAAGACAUGUCAGAUCACUUUAGUUGUCUUGAAUAAAAUCUGACACCAAUGUUAGAAAAAAUAACACACUCGAACAGAAUAGUAGAAAAAUCGGAAAAUUUAUCCCAUAACAUGAAACCAUGACUCGAGUAGAUUUACAUCCUUGACGAGAUUAUUUUAAAUAUAAAACAAAAUAUUUUCAUAAUAUUCAUCUGUGUAAAUGAGUUAUUUCUCAUUAUGAAGUACAUUAAGGGUACAGCGGUGGUUGUUUGAAAUAUCAUUAAAAUAAUGAACUAGA